AUGGCAUCAGCGGAAGAUGCUCCAAAGAGAGCAGGAAAAGCUCAACGACCAGAUGAGGAAGCGUAUCGCAUCGAACUAGACCAGAUUUCACGUCAGAUUGAUUCAAUACGGGAGUCAAUGAACAAACUGAAUGAAUCCAAAACGAAACUGACUGGUGACACUCCCAAAGAUGCUGUCGAACUCAAGAGACGUGAAUUGCGUGCCCAAAUCGACGAGUUGACAAAGAAACGUAAUGAGGGUAACGAGAGACGGAAUGCUACACUGGAACAGUUGAAGGCCCUGCAGGCGGGGAUUAAGAAGAAGAUUGAAACUUUGAAGGGUUCAAGAGGAAGUAGUUCUUCUGAUGAUAUUGACAGGAAGAUUGCUGCAUUGGAACAACAACAACAGUCUGGCACCACUUCCCUCAUUGAAGAAAAAAAGAUUGUCGCCGAAAUAUCAUCUCUCCGCAAAUCCAAAAAGGCAAUAGAAUCUGUCAAAUCCGAUGCUGCAGCACUCCAAUCCUCUGUAGAUGCAGACAAGAAGGCCGUUGAAGAUUGUCGUGCUGCAUUGGACGCAAUGGAACCAGAACGUAAUACCAACCGUUCUGCUCUGGAUGAAGCCAGAGAUGCAUUGAAUGCUCUUGACGCUGAACGAAAGAGUCAAUCUGGAUCUAUGAAGUCCUUGUAUGAUGAGAGACAGAGUUUGAAAGCCAGUUUGGAUGCUGCUUUUACAAAGAGAAAGGAGGUGCAGGAUGCUUUUAGGAAACGUAAAGAUGAAUACUACGAACAAAUGAAGGUAGAACGAGCAAAACGUGCCGAAGAAGGCAAGAAACGAAAAGAAGAAUACGAACAACAAAAACUUGCCAAGGAUAUCGAAAAAGUGCUCGAAGCAGCAGAAAUUCCAGCCUUUUCCGACGAGAUCUCUAUCGCCGACAUCCUCAUCAAAUAUCUCACAAACACGUAUAUCUCUCCACCAUCAUCCCUAUCAAACGGCAGCAGCAGCACUCCUAAUGGUAGUACCACAGCACCAGCACCAGCAGUUCCAUCAACCCCAUCCCGAUCUGUAGAAUCCAUUCCAGAUGGUGCAGUAAUCAUGAAGAAGAAAUCUGAUCGUAUGGAUGAUGAUUUCCUCAUGCUCGGCAAAGCAAAGACUCCUAAAUCAUCAAAGAAAUCAGGGGGUGUGAAUGGUAUUGGUGGUAUUGGUAGUAAUAGUUCAGGCACACCAUCAUCACCAUCAAAAUUGAGACUGGAUUUUGAAAUGAUUUCUCAGUUUUCUAAAUUGAAGGUUGAUUUGCCUUCUUCUGUUGGGGAUGUUGAGGGUACUGUGAAAGUUUUGAAGGAGAAGAAGGACGCGUGGUUGACUAGUCAGGCUGAGGAGACUGUUAAGAAUAAGGAGAAGGCUGAAGCCAAGGUAGCUCAAUUAAAAGCAAAAAUCACUGCCGCCCCAGGUUCUCCUGCUGCACCUACAUCUGAAGCAGCAGCUGCUGUCGCAGCGCCAGAAUCACCCGAAGUCAAAGAAUCGGCUGUUGCUGCUGAUACAGCUGCUGAAUAA